UUCAAAAAAUAUAUUGCAAAGGCGCACAUCCCAAAGGCGCACAUUGCAAAGGCGCACAUCCCAUAGGCGCACAUUGCAAAGGCGCCUUGUAUCACCAUUCACCAGACAACAGUUCCUUCUAUCACCACCACAUCUCAAAGGCGCACAUUGCUCUCACGCGCCACCAGCAGUUGCAUUUAACAUCGUCCGAACUUUUGCUUAUGACUCAGUCCAAGAAGAAGGCUGAUUGUGGUGAUCACACUGAUCUAAUAACUGACUUACCAUGGAAUGUCAUUGAUGGCAUCCUAAAAUACUUGAACAUUCGUGAAUUAGUUGGUACUAGUAUUCUGUCAAGAAAGUGGAGGUAUAUGUGGAUGUCAGUCCUGCAACUUGAGUUUGACGAAGAUUUCUUUUAUUAUUGCGAGGAGUAUUAUGAAGGCCCUGAAAUUUCGAGAAUUAUGAUGGAAAUUCUUAUGCUUCAUAGUGGGCCACUAUAUAAGUUCACUCUUUCCUUACCUUCAGACUUCAUGCAAAUUGAUUGCCUUGAUGAGCUGAUUCUGUUUUUGUCAACAAGUGGCAUUAAAGAUCUUGAACUUCAGAACCUCGGUUUUAGAACAUUAUCCUAUCAAGUGCCAUCUUAUGUCUUCUCUUGUCAAGAGUUGACUAGCUUGGAUCUUAACGGAUUUGAAUUGUCAGUUCCGCCUAAUUUUGGUGGCCUUAAAAGAUUGAUUGUCCUUAACUUUCACCUUGUUACAUUUGAGUCUGGUGCACUUGAGAAACUUAUUCCUGGUUUCCCAUUACUUGAAAGGCUCACCAUUUCAUUCUGUUCUGGUUUGGAAUGUAUUGAUUUAUCGGCUCCUACUCUCAAAGUCCUGCGCAUAAACUCUGAAGGUAACAUCAAGACAAUUAGUCUGAAGAAUGCAAAUAAUUUGAUUGAUUUUUCACUCUUGGAUUAUCGGGACGAAGACAGUGAGAGUGUUGGCGUAUCUUGUUUGAUCAAAAGUUUGCCAAAAAUUCAGAGACUUGUUAUGGAAAUAUUUUCUUUCUACUAUAAGGUAUUGUAUGCUGCAGGUGGCAUUCGGCAGUCACUGGUAGAUUCAUUUAGCUCCUUAGAGUAUCUACAAUUUGUUGGCACAAAAUUGUGCGAAAGAGAAGGAGUUUUGUAUAUUGUUAGUGUAUUAACUAAUACUCCUAACCUGGUGGAGCUUGUUGUAAAGAAUUAUGAAUAUGGUGAUUAUGAUGACGAACAAGAGCCAGACCAGACGAAGGAGUUAGAAAGCAAUGGGUGUUGCCUUGGUCAACUUCGUAAAGUGAAGAUUGAGAUUGGAAGUAGGUUUAAAUAUUCAUUGAAUUUGAUACGGUUCAUACUUGCAAAUUCUCCCUUGUUAGAGACUCUAACUUUUAAAGUUGGUAUUGGUUUAAAACAAAUAGAACUGCCUGCGCAACUAAGCAUUUCACGAGACUUGUUAUGGAUGAAACGGGCAUCACAAAAAGCACAAGUCGAGUUCAUUCAUAGUAAGCAGUAAAUUCCUUCAUUGUGUAUGUGUUUUUAUUUAAUCUGAUAGGGCUUAUAUAUUGGGUUCUACUCUAACUCCAUUGAACAAUAGAUAUAUUAUGUUUAGAAAGAAAAUUGCACCCGCUUUUGUAUCAUUGGAGACAUUAGUUUCUAAUGAAAUAUCAAACAAUGAUGUAUUAAAACAUUUCUAUUUCCACUAUGGUUGUUGAUGCAUUAUGUAGCU